GCAGAGAGAUUUGUCGACACCUCCAAACGAGCGUUGUUGAAAGCAGGGGGAGCGGGGAAACCGGAAGCAAUACAAAACUUUCUUUUUGUAUACCGAACUACACCACUGACAGAACAGAAGAAAAGCCCUGCAGAACUUCUAAUGGGUCGAAUGCUACGAACUCAUCACCACUCCAUGUUACCAUCUUCGUCACAUCAACGAAGAAAUAGUGUGACGUAUUACCGCAAGGGUGAUGCUGUCUAUGUGCGCGAUUAUCGACCGAGGAACAGAAAAUGGGCCGAAGGCUUGAUAGGACGUCGACGUGGAACUCUAAUGUACAAGGUUAAAGUUGGAGAUGAAUGGUGGAUAAGACAUAAAAAUCAGAUACGACGUCGAUAUAUUACAUCCCAAGAACCUAAAUUGCCACUGGAUUUACUACUGGAAACUUUCAAAAUACCACCAGUCAAACCAGAAGCAAAACAAGAGAUGCUACCCAGCCGACGAUCCCUGCGCAAACGAACACAAACAGUUCAUUUCCAAAUCGACCCCAAGGAAAAAAGAUACUAAACUGUUUGCGAGAUUCUUUCUAAAAGGGGGAGGUAAUAUAUACACAAGUGAAUCAUUAAUAUUCAUUAUUUAUUUCACACACUAGCAUAAUCAUUGACUUCACGCAUC